CUUCCUCUUCCGCGCCGGCGGGGUGUGUCGGGAAGGAAGGAGGCGGAAGCGGGCGCUCGGCAAGAUGGCGGCGACGCUGCGCAUUCAGAGCGACUGGAGCCGGGCGCUGAGGAGGGACGAGGGCGAGGCCUGGCUGAGCUGCCGGAGCCCUGGGAAGCCAACCCUGUACGGCAGUGUGACCCGCCGGGGGCUCAGCACCGAGGGUGUUCCCGACAUCGCUGCCUCUGAGGGCUUCGUGGUUGGGGAAGUCACCAAGAAGAGCAUUCUCAUUUCUUGUCCUCAUGAAAAUGUGUCCACCAAGUUCCUGGCCCCGUACACAACUUUUGGUAGAAUCCAUCAGAAAAGUGUCACCUGUCUUGAUAUCUCCAGUGGUGGAGGGCUUGGCGUGUCUACCAGCACGGAUGGGACCAUGAAAAUAUGGCAGGCUGCGAAUGGAGAAAUAAGAAGACUAUUGGAAGGCCAUGUGUAUGAUGUGAAUUGUUGCAGGUUUUUCCCAUCUGGCCUCGUGGUUCUGAGUGGGGGAAUGGAUGCCCAGCUAAAGAUCUGGUCAGCAGAAGAUGCCAGCUGCGUGGUAACAUUUAAAGGUCACAAAGGAGGUAUUUUGGACACAGCCAUUGUGGAUCGGGGAAGGAACGUCCUGUCCUGCUCCAGGGACGGCACUGCCCGGCUCUGGGACUGCGGGAAGUCCGCCUGCCUGGGGGUCAUUGCUGACUGUGGCUCUCCUGUCAAUGGCAUUGCUGUGGGCACUGCUGAGAGCUCCCUCAACCUGGGCACGCCUGAAACUGCUCCGAGUGAACGUGAAAUUGGGACAGAAGGGAAGCUCCUGCUGCUGGCUCGAGAGGACAAGAAGCUUCAAGGAGUGGGUCUGCAGAGCAGGCAGGCGGUGUUCCUCUUUGUGGGAUCUGAUGCAUUCAACUGCUGCACAUUCCUCUCAAGCACCUAUAUCCUGGCAGGGACUCAGGAUGGGAACAUUUAUCAGCUGGAUGUGAGGAACACAAAUGCUCCCAUCCAGGUCAUCCAUCGCUCAGGAGCACCAGUGCUCUCACUGCUCCCGUACCGAGAUGGAUUUAUUGCCAGCCAAGGUGAUGGAACCUGCUUUAUCAUUCAGCAAGACCUCGAUUACGUCCUGGAUCUCACAGAAGCUGACUGCGACCCUGUGUACAAGGUAGCUUCCUGGGAGAAGCAGAUUUACACGUGCUGCAGAGACGGGAUAGUGAGGAGAUACCAGCUUUCCGAUCUGUAAGCGCCUGGAUCGACCACGUAGCAGAGGGAAGAGCCAAAAGGGCUCCUCCGAGCUGGUUUU